GCGCUCAGGCCGGCGGCGGGAGCUCCGCGCUGCCCGCAGCCGCCCCGCCGGCAGGUCGGGAUGCGGGGUGUCCCCCGCUCCGGCAGGAUGGGGGGUACCAGCCUGGGGGGUACCAGCCUGGGGGUCCCGCCGCUGCUGCUGCUGCUGCUGCUGUUCGGCUGCUUCUUCCCUGCGGCAUCCAGCACACGCCCGGAGUGCAGCAUCAUGCAGGAGAUUGAAGAGGAGCGCAGCCAGUGCCUGGCAGAGCUUACUGGGGAUAACCAGACCUCAGGCUGCAGGAGGCAAUGGGACAACAUCACCUGCUGGCCUGAAGCAGAAGUGGGAGAAGUCGUGGUGCGCCCGUGCCCAAAGUACUUCAGAUUCCUCACCACUUUUCAGGGGAAUGUGACCAGGAAUUGUACAAGCCAGGGCUGGACAGACGUGUACCCUGCGCCGUAUGCCGUAGCUUGUGGGUAUGACUCCAACAGCACUCCAGGGGAAGAGCAAACGGCGUUCUACGGCACGGUCAAGACCGGCUACACCAUUGGACACACUUUAUCACUCAUAGCUCUCACAGCUGCCAUGAUCAUUUUGUGUCUCUUCAGAAAACUGCACUGUACCCGAAACUAUAUUCAUAUGCACCUCUUCAUGUCCUUCAUCAUGAGGGCCAUUGCUGUCUUCAUAAAAGAUGUCAUCCUCUUUGAAAGUGGAGAAUCUGAACACUGCUUUGUGAGUUCAGUAGGCUGCAAAGUCAUGAUGGUUUUCUUCCAGUACUGCGUCAUGGCCAACUUCUUCUGGCUCCUGGUGGAGGGGUUGUAUCUUCACACCCUGUUGGUCAUCUCCUUCUUUUCAGAGAGGAAGUACUUUUGGUGGUACAUCUUGAUUGGCUGGGGUGCCCCCUCUGUGUUCAUCACUGCUUGGACUAUUGUCAGGAUUUACUUUUUCGAUGUUGGGUGCUGGGAGGAAGUAGUGGAAUCCCCAUUCUGGUGGAUCAUUAAAACUCCUAUUUUGGUGUCCAUUUUGGUCAACUUCAUCCUCUUCAUUUGCAUCAUCCGUAUCUUAGUCCAGAAGCUGCAUUCCCCAGAUGUUGGACACAAUGAAACCAGCCAAUAUUCGAGACUGGCCAAGUCCACCUUGCUGCUGAUCCCCCUCUUUGGCAUUCACUACAUCAUGUUUGCUUUCUUCCCUGACAACUUCAAAGCAGAAGUUAAGCUGGUCUUUGAGCUCGUGGUUGGGUCGUUCCAGGGAUUUGUGGUGGCUGUUCUGUACUGUUUUCUCAACGGGGAGGUCCAAGCUGAGCUCAAGCGGAAGUGGCGGAGGUGGCACCUGGAGCGGUUCCUGGGCUCAGACAUGAAGUACCACCACCCUUCCUUGGGCAGCAACGGCACCAACUUCAGCACCCAGAUCUCCAUGCUGACCAAGUGCUCACCAAAGACACGCCGGUGCUCUGGCUUCCAGGCUGAAUUCUCUCUGGUGUGAUAUGGGGAGGCUCUCCAAGCACUGAGCAUCCAAAGAGAGGAACUGAGACGGAAGGAUCUCCAGGAAUCAGCCACAUGAUGCUCCCCAUGAGCCAACAGAGGACACACAACUGGAAAAGCCACUGGCAUCCAGAACAAGACCAGACAAGCCAAGAGGCAGAGAAACACUUUUCCUCUCCCUCUUUUCAGACCUUUCACUCUUACGUUUCAAGCCCGCAGGGGUUGAUAAGCAUGAGUAAAGGUCUCAGACACUUGAGGAGAGCCUGAGAGAUCCUGAUGUGCCAUAAAUAAUGAAGUACAGGGGGUAAGGGAGGGGACAGCCUGGGUCCUUGAUGGCUUUACCAGAACUGGCAUCUCUGAAACAGAAAAAAUGCACUUUUUAAAAAAAAAAAUGAGCCAGUAAAGGAGAGAGGGAGACAAGAAGCAGGGAAAAAAAAACAAGCCAAACAUAUGAAAGCGCCAAAAGUCCAGUUGAUAAGAGGUGGUGAUAAGACACCAAAGACAGAGUUGGGGACACGGGGAGAAGGGACAGGAGGAACACGAGCAGGAAGGGCAGAGGCCAGCACGUGGUCCCUGCCUCUGCAUUUUACACAUGUGAAGAUGAAGCAGCAGCACCAGGAAAGCCCCUUGGAGGAUGCCCCACCUCUGUGGUGUGUUCUGCUCCUUGCCAACCAUCUUCAUUGGCCAAAGCUUUCCAAGCUCCUUGGGUGCCCUCUGGAAAAGCAGGUUGCUGAGAAGGAACAGCGUGGAUGCCCUUCCCUGCACUGUGUUCAUCAUGGUCUGGUUGGUUGUUUUCAAUGAGCAGGAAACUCAAUUUGCAUGUAUAAAAACCAGGUACAGAUGCCAAAAGCAGAGCACGGCUGUGUCUUUCAUCCUUUUUUAAGUUCACCUCUAAAUCUUGGUGCAUUAAGACACCCAGGAUCAUUAGGGAUCAGGAGAAAACAAUUGGUCUGGAAUUCGUUUGCACUUGCUUAGCACACACUGCCAGGAAAGGGAGAUGUAGAACCCUGUAAUCCUUAAUUGGAUCAGACCCACCGUAAGGAGCCACUCUCCAGAUGAAAAAGAAUAGCUUCACAGCAGCAAGCAGAAUUGCUUUCAUCAGAACAGGGUUGUCUCAGCACGUAACUGGCACUCCAGGAGUCAGGAAGGAGUGAAGAAGCUAUUAAAUUGAUUUCUUCUUCAGCUUUUGCAGGGAGCUUUCAUCCUAUGAUGAAGGCAUUGUUAGAUCUUUAAGAUGUGCAUGUGUAUUCUGCCUCUUUUCUGAAGGCCUAUUAGUUUCCAUCUAGAGGCCAUCCCUGUUUGAAGAGCACACAGAGAUCCUGUUGAAACGAAGGGAAGUUCUGUUUUUCUUUUAUUUUCUUGGUGGAGUGGAGAAGGAGAGAUUUGUAACCAAAUCCUGCUCGGACAGGCCAGGCUGGUGGUUUGCAGUGCAUCACAUGCAGCUCACUCUCCCAGGCCCUGCAUUUGACACAGUUCCUACAAUCCCAAACUCAGUCAGAAGACCAGACAUGCUCCUGUGUGUGUCCCACCCAACUGCAUCGAACUGGGUUGCAUCAGUUUUACACCAAGGGUGGGAAAUCCCUGCUCAGCUUGUGUGUACACUUAGGGGUUGGACUGCUGUCCUCCUGCUGCAACAUGUCACAGCACUGUCCUUGUGAAGGAGAGGCUGGGUCACCAGUGCAUGUCCAUGGGAAGGAAGGUGGGCUUCUCAUUGAGACAUCUUGACUUAGCCACUUCUUUUUCUUCUUUAUGAAAUGUAGUUCAUUGAAAGGAAACAUCUGGAGAAGAGAAGGCUCUGGGGAGACCUUGGAGCACUUUCCAGUACCUGAAAGGGCUCCAGGAAAGCUGAAAGCUGGCAAGUGACUUUUUACAAGGGCAUGCAGUGAUAGGACAAGGGGGAGUCUCUUAAAACUGGAACAGGGGAGAAUUAGAUGAAAUAUUAAGAAGACUUUCUUUCCUGUAUGGAUGUUGAGACCCUGGUCCAGGUUGCCCAGGGAAGCUGUGGCUGCCCCAUCCCUGGCAGUGUUGAAGGGCAGGUUGGGUGGGGCUGGGAGCAGCCUGGGCUGGUGGGAGGUGUCCCUGCCCAUGCAGGGGGGUUGGAAGUAGAUGAUCUUUAAGGUCCCUUCCAACCCAAACCAUUCUGUGAUGCUGUGAUCUUUAACUUGGUGGGUUUAAGGUUGGUUUUUAUUGCUUAUUUGCUUGCCCUAAGCAUCUGUGAUUCACUGCCAAGAAACCACACUGAGCCAAGGAAGAGAGUUGCAGGUCUGGACAUCCAGUUCCUUUCUCAUUUCUGAGAAGGCAGUUGUUCCAUGCCACAACCCUCCCAGAGCUAUACCUAUUAUUGUCUGAGCUUGAUGCUUCCAAAGUAUUUCUCCAUGUGCAGGACUGAGACCAGUGCAGAGGGCUGAAGCCACUAAGGGGCAUGAGGGACUCUGCUACAAUUGCCACAGAGGGUAGAUGUGCAGUCAGGAGUUUUCAGUGAGCUUGCUCAGAGGCUGUCAGAGUGCAGCCAUGGCUACCCAGCCUGCAAAACCUAAGAGGACAGAUAGAUAUUGUGAGGACAGUCAUGAGCUCCCUGGUCCUGGAAUUAAAGUGCUGAUGAGACCCCAGGCUAGCCAAGUGCAAGCCCUCUCUUGGCUAUGUUACACUGAAACCUUACUAGCAGUUAGAAUCCAAGACUGACAUGCCCUAAGAUCAUCAAAAUUCUCUCUUAGCAGCUCUCUAAUGCCCAAAAUGCAGAGGAACCAAGAGGAUGCUUAAAAUUCCCCCUUGUUGCUUGUACUGAAGUUCUUGUGCUGUGACACCCCAGGAACAAGGGCCCUGGUGAGGUUCUCAGAGGCAAAGACCCUCUUUGUGUUUGGUGUUGGUGCUGCUCUGGUGAGUGCUUUCAGACUUGGAGUGGGGCUCACAGAGAAGUCCCACCAGUCCCACCAGUUCAUCUUCUGUGCCUGGUUCAAAACAACAAGGAUUUGACCAAGCAUCUGCAUUUUCACCAGGUGAAUGGCUGCAAGGAGGCCUAGAAGAAGCAGGAGAAAGCUCUCUCUCAGCUUCCAAGUUGUCCCACUUGGUGUAAAGUGCUUCCUCUCACUGGUUCAGAGUUUGAAAGUCUGGGAAAGAUUUGAAUCAUCAAGCUGCAAAGCCAUUCACCCUCCUUGUCUGUCAUGGUAGCUAUUUGUGCCCAACAAAACCCGUGGGCUGCAGCAGAGCUCUGCCCAGGCUUGUUAUGAGUUGCCUAAGGUGUGAACUCAAACCCCAGGUCCCAGACAAGCAGAGGAGGAGUUUGAGCACAAAGCUGCUGAGCAGAAGUGACUCACCAUUGCCAGCAACCCCCUUUGUGAGAUGUGAGGGGACUCCCUCCCAUCUGCCUUAGGCAGCCUUGCUGGGGCAGAAGGUCCAUCUCUGUGAGCCAUGAGACACACUGUGCAUUUUCUCUCUGUUCUUCACUUUCCUUUUCCUCUCCCUCUGCUUGGAACUCCAUUCACAGGAGGACCUUCUGUACUUAGAGCUUCUCUUCCAUUCCAGCCCUGUACCAACCUGUGCCAGCACCAACCACAUGCCAAAGUCAAUGAGACUAGACUUGCCUUUUAGAGGCAUGACAGGGAGAAAUUCAGCUGAUUAUUCACCCAUGCCACAGGGCAUUCUGCAGCCAGGGGCUCCUUCAAAAAAACGUUGACUGCAUUAACAUGCCAGGAAUGGGGCCCCUAGGAAUCCUACUUGUAAUUAUUUCAUCAUCCAGCAUCCAGCCACGUCGUCAUGACGCUGUCAAGGGUGUUUGAGAGAUGAAAUGAAUGUGCUGAAUACACCUGCUGUGACAGGCAGGGCACUCUUGGUGAUGCAGCUCAGCUAGGCUGGCCCCAUAUUCCAGGAGAACAGAGGAGUCAGCAGUGAAAUCAGAGCUUUUCACCCUGGGGAUGAGAGCAAUCAAGUGAACAAUGACAUUCGGAUCAGACCCUCACUGAAGUGGCUUCGUGCAGGAAUUUGGCCCCAUAACUUGAUCUCCUCUGUGCUGUUUUUCAUCCAACUCAUCGAUAAAAUGAAGUUCAAGGACCCCAAACAACAUAUCCGGAUAUGACAGCCUUUUAGAUAUGUUUUAGAAUACUGAAUUUGUAUGCCAAAACUCCUUGUGGCCAAAUUCUGAUCCCACCUGCACCAUCAGUUCACUGCAGUGACUCCUGAGUGACACCAGUGUGAAACUGGAGUUUGUCUUUAGAGUAGUUCCAGUAUCUUCAUCCUGGAACUGUUUGCUCCUUUUUUAUACCAGUAAAAGCUCAACCCCCUCCUGUUAAUUAGUCACACUAUAUUUCAACGAUUAAACUAAUAAAAAAUAAGUGUGGAACAAUUAAAAUACAAAAAUUAAAUUAUUAUCCAAA